UUCUCGCGAGAUCUGUAGAAGACAAAGUCACGGGACUUCAACACAUGCGUAGCUGAACUUCUUUCUCUUUGCAAUUAGAGCUUUACGAACUGGAGAGUCCAAUAAAGGGACGAACGAACACCUAUUCCUGUGAAUCCAGUUCUGCUUGAAUCAACAAUAAUUUCCUGCAACCAUGUCUGCUGGGAAGGCCAGGAUCGGACAGCCAGCGCCUCAGUUCAAAGCCACGGCAGUGGUGGAGUCCCAGUUUAAUGAGAUCCAGCUGUCUGACUACAGAGGGAAGUACGUGGUGCUGUUUUUUUACCCGCUGGACUUCACCUUCGUGUGCCCCACGGAGAUCGUGGCCUUCAGCGACCGCGCAGAGGAGUUCCGCCAGAUCGGCUGUGAGGUCAUCGGGGCCUCUGUCGACUCCCAGUUCAGCCACUUGGCCUGGAUCAACACUGAGAGGAAAAAGGGUGGCUUGGGUCCAAUGAACAUCCCCCUGAUUGCAGACGUCACGCGCUCCAUUUCGCACGACUACGGUGUGCUGAAGGAGGACGAGGGAAUCGCAUACCGGGGCCUGUUCGUGAUUGACGACAAAGGCAUCCUCAGGCAGAUCACCAUAAACGAUCUGCCGGUUGGCCGCUCCGUCGAUGAGACGCUCCGCCUGGUGCAGGCCUUCCAGCACACAGACAAGUUCGGAGAAGUUUGUCCUGCAGGCUGGAAGCCCGGCAGCGAUACCAUCGUCCCAGAUGUGGAGAAGAGUAAGGAGUAUUUUUCCAAACAAGACUAACCUGCUGCCCCCUCGAACAGCUAGCCUAAGUUCAGUCGCUGAGUAAUGCAAAAUUGUUAGUGCAAAUCUAACUGUUGAGCUGAUCGGGUUGCUAGGAUUAAGCACUUAAUGUCAGUUACUGUUCAGGCUGCUAAACUCUUUAUGAAGCCCUUAUUCUGGUUGUUUCUGUAUUUGUAGAACUGUUUACUGUACAAAUGAGCUGCUGUUUGAUUUCUCAUGUCCACCGAAAAAUGUGAAGCUUUUUUUUUUCUCCCAUCUCAAAGGUUUCCUGCAAACUGACCGUUUUAUACUGAUAUCUAAUUGCUGUAUAAUACUGGGUGAUGUUAAACUGACAUUCUUUAGACAUGUGCAUCGAAAAAAUAAAGCUUAAGAUGGAACUGAA